AUGAUAACGAGGGAUAAGGAUGAGAGCGAACUGGAAGACGAGGGUGGGGACAAUUUGUUUCGUCGGGGCAGAGAUGGUGAGAGGAAUGGCCUGCGCGAUAGCGGUAGCUCCGGGGUGGAAGUUCAGAUGGUAGUACCUGGAGGGGCUGCGCCGUACGGGAAAAUCCGAAGGGAGGAUAAGGCCGAACCAGCUCGUAAAGGGAAAGACGCAUCGGUGAGAUUAGACGUAGAACGUUACUCAAGGAAAGAGGCGCGUCCUGCGCAGAGGCUUUUCACUGGGAAUCUGUUUGAAGAAGUGGCCCCCAUCCAGGGUGGGAAUAAGGCGCACGUGAAGAAGGAACAAAUGGGCAGCAUGAAUUUUAAGGCGAGAAAGGUGGUAGGGGGUGGCGAAGAAAAGAAAAGGCUACCGGAGGGGGCCUACGGGUAUGUGGGUGACGGGAAGGGCGCCAGCGGAAGGGGCGUCAGCGGAAGGGGUCAAAAUGGGGCAGUCAGUCGGGGGGGAGCGAUCGAUGGAGCGAUCAAUCGUGGGGAAGUCGUGAACCGUGGUGAAGCAGCCCAUCGAAGCGGCCAGCCCAACGGUGGAGCUCCAGAAGAUGUGAUCGUUCUGCGAGACGACGAAAGUGGGGACAGCCCCGGGGGGAGAAAAAAUUUUUCAACCGAGGGAUUAUACCCAUUUGAAGAUAAAGAACGGAAGAACAGUCAGAUGAUGAAAAAGGGUUUCCACAAAAUGAUUAACGAUAAUAUUAUUAACAAAUUGGUUCAUAAGACAUUUAAUAAUAUAAUGCACAAGACGCCCAAUGAAAGCGCUGUUGUGUCUUCUCCUGAUGCUGCAGCGUUGGGGAGUGCGUCACAGAAUAGCGGUAGCCAUAAGAGGAGCGCGCCCCUGUUUGAAGACUCAACUGUGAAGAAGGAGAAAAAGAAGAAAAUGAAGAGAGCGGGGGAGGAAGCUGUUUUGAAUGGAGGGGGAGGCGCUGACUGCGGGGGGGUGAGGGGCAAGGCGGGGAACCAAGUGAAGGUGCGAAUGAAGAAGGAGCCCAGGGGGAGAGCGGCAAAGGAGGGGGAAGCCGCCAAGGAGAGAGAAGCCCCCAAGGAGAGGGAAACCCCCAAGGAGAGAGAACCCGCCGAACCGCCCAGGAAGGACAACUUUCACCUCUACUGCCAAAAUCAUAAGAAAAUUUUCGGAGACGCAGAUGGUGGGGAUUUGUUAAAAAGUGAAAGUGGAGGGAUGAUGGGGUCCACGAGGGAAGCUCCUCGUUCGAGUGACCCCCUCAGUGGAGACACCGGCAAUGAUCGCAUCCAACCGAUGGACAGUACCCCCCUGGGGGAGCAAAAAAAUGAGGAGAACUUGAAGAAUCAGCUGAGCGAAAUAUCGAACAUAAUUUACAGCCAAAAUGGGGAUGAUGGUAAUCCAGUGGGGGGAAAAAGCCAAGAGGGAGCAACGGAUGAAGAAAAGAAAAUGACCUACCCGUCGAUUUAUAAAGAGGAUAAGAAGGAAUGGUUUCGAGCGAACAAGCAGGACGAGUGGGUCGUCCACAAGUUAUGCGAUUGGCUGUACAAUGUUAAGGAUAAAUUGUACUUUAACAUAAAGACGCAGGGGAUUUACUAUGUGAAGGACGGGUCCUUUCGCAAAUUCGAGAGCUCCUUUGACGAAAGGGGCGACGCCACGUUGAGUCGGAGCGGCAGUGGAAGUGGAAGCGGCAGCGGAGGGGGCAGUCAACUUGGCAGCGGAAGCGGCAGCCAACUUGGCAACUCCCUGUGGAACGCGCACAAGAACGGCUUCCCCUUCGAAUUCGACUCUGAUGAUCCACUGUUGAGCAAGAAAGGGAAGGCCAUCAGCGCAGAUGGAAGGAACAUUUUUGCAAACGCGAGCGACGUGCUGAGCGACCACAGCGUGCGGGCGAACCCGUGUGUGUUUGUUGAGGACAGCGGCAGCAUGGGAGGGAACAAUUCCAGUAGGGUUAUCAGUCGGAGCAGUAGCGGGGGGCGAGGUGCCGAGGCCGACUCGGGCAGCAGCAUUUUGAUGGGUAAGAAGGCGGAGCAGAGGAAUGGCGGCCCGGUCAGCGGCAGUCCCUCGAAUGGUAGUGCGGCGCGGGAUAGUCACUCAGGGGGUAGCGGUUCUGCAGAUAGUCGCUCUGCAGAUAGUCGCUCUGCAGAAAGCCGCUCUGCAGAAAGCCGCUCUCCUGAAAGCCGCUCGCCUGAUAACCGCUCAACAGAUGGGCGCCCCGGGCGGGAGAGCGCCGAGGCGAACGACGAAACGGUGGAGGAGUUCAGCAUGGUGCUGGAGGACGACUUGGUGUGCGGCACGUACAGCCAAAUGGGGGACCACAACAGAUGCGAAAAUGAGGAUUUCUACGUGACAAAGGAUAUCCUAGAUCUUAAUAACGUCUCGGAGAGUGACGGCUUGUGUUUCUUCAGUGGGGUGUUUGACGGGCACGGUGGCUCCAACUGUGCGAGGUACGUCAUGACCCAUCUGAAGACAAAUUUGAUUGCCAAGUUCAGGCAGUCCUUCCCAAUCACCUGUAAGAAGCAAUGCAAAGAUAAAGAAUCCAAACUGAAUGACCUCAGCGUGGAGAUUAGGGCACUAUACGAUAGCUGCAUCAAGGGAUUCGAUAUGACAGAUAAGAAUUAUAUAGAAUUGUCUAAGAAGUAUGAUUAUAAGGAUGGGUCCACCGCGUGCAUCGUUUUGAUUUACGGACCAGAUGAUGAUGGGUCUCUUAAAGUGCUGUGUGCAAACUGCGGAGAUUCAGGGGCACUCAUAUGCCACGAUAGAAAACCAGUGAAACUGUCACUAAGGCAUAAGCCGGAUUUGCAAGAAGAACGGGUCAGGAUACUAAAGUGCGGAGGGAUCAUAGCCAACAUUAAUGGGAUCAACAGAAUUAUUACAAAGCAUAAGGUGAAAGGACAGACGGGUAGGGAGAAGACCUUCUUGGCCUUGUCUACCUCUAGAUCCUUUGGGGACAUUUCCUAUAAGGUCCCAAGAAAAAUUGUCUUGUGCAAACCGUUCAUCAGCGUUUACACCAUCGACUUUGAUAUGGAUUCCUUUUUGGUGCUCGCCACUGAUGGGAUUUUAAAUGUGCUAACAGACAAGGAAAUUAUUGACAUCGUUUGGAGGAACAUUCACAGGAAGCCGGAGGAGGCUGCGGAGGAGGUGGUUCAGGAGGCCUCCCGGCGCGGCUCCACGGACGACAAGACCUGCACCGUCAUCUUCUUCUACUGGAGGAAGGACAUCUUUCGCGGCGACUCCGAGGACGCCUCCGUGGACGCGCCUCCGCGGGAGGAGGCCCCGGGCGAGGACAUCAACAUGUUUUCCGAAGUUUUCUAA